ACAAUGUCCGCUUUCCUGUUCAGAACAUAUAUAUAUAUAUAUUAUACUAUUACACAUUUCUUUAACUUCUACAAGAUUGUACGAAAGGUCGAUAAUUUAGGAUUCCUCAAAACUGAAAACUUUUAACAUGAAAGCAACAAUCUUGUUAGCAGUUGUAGUGGCAGUUAUUGUCGGAGUUAAGGAAACCCAAUCAAUACCUUGCACAUCGUUCUACUGUAGUAAGUUCUGUGGGACUGCUGGCUGCUCAUUAUAUGGAUGCUACAAACUUCAUCCAGGGAAAAUUUGCUACUGCCUUCAUUGUAGCAGAGUUGAGUCCCCAUUUGCACUUUCCGGAAGUGCUAAAAAUGUAAACGAAAAGGAUAACACUCCAAUAAUGAAUGAGAUGGAAAAUUUGGACCAAGGAAUGGAAAUGUUCUAGACAAACAUUUGACAUGAAGAUUACAACUGUGUUAUUUAGAAAAUCAGCUAUACGUCUUCCCUUGAUGAUGAACAUUUUGUGCCUAUUCUGUUAUCAAAACUUGUAUUAUUAAAUCUUCUGUCUCACUUUUAGCUUUUAAGCUUGAAGUAAUAUUAUAACAUUUAACAAAUAACAUAAGCGUGUCAAGUCGUCCGGAUUUAUAUCUGGUAAUAAAAGUUAGUUUUU